AUAAAUGGCCCGUCGGCUCAGCUCGACAUCAUUCUGACUUCCGACUCCGGAGCUCCAGCUAGAACAGCAAUUACUUAACUGCAAGAUGCGCGCCUUCGUCGUCCUGUGCCUCGUGGCCAUCGCCUCCGCCGACAAGCUCGGCUACAACUACAAGCCCGUGGGCCACUCCAGCUCCGGACUCUCUUUCGCUCCUGGCAGCGGUGGAUCCCUGAGCCUGGGAGGCGGCGGCGGAUCCUUGGGCCUGGGAGGCGGCAGCAGCUUCGGCAGCUUGGACGGCGGUCUUGGCGGUUUUGGUGGUCUUGGCGGUGGUUCCAUCGAUCUGGGAUCUUCUGGACUGGGAUCCGGCCUUGGAUCUGGACUGGUGUCCUCCGGCUUGGGAUCUGAUCUGGGUUCCGCUGGACUGAGCGCCCCCGUCUCCUACAGCGCCCCCGCCCCCGCCGCUGAGCUCCAAAAGGAGUUCUUCACCUUCACCGCCAACGAGCAGGACUUCGAUGAGCCUCAGGCUUUGGAACGCGUUGCUGGAUCCGUGAACAAGGGCCUGCGAGUGGUCUUCAUCAAGGGACCCGAGAACCGUGGCCUGGAGAACGCUGCCCUCGCCCUCGCCAAGCAGGCUGCCCAGCAGGAGACCGCCAUCUAUGUCCUGAACAAGCAGGCCGAUAUUGGAGAUCUUGCCCAGAAACUGAACGCCAUCCGCAGCAACUCCAACAACAAGCCCGAGGUGCACUUCGUCAAGUACCGCACUCCCGAGGAUGCAGCCAACGCCCAGCGCGCCAUCCAGUCGCAGUACGAUCAGCUGGGAGGAUCCUCCCAGUCCCACAACGGCGGUGUGGCCCCCGCCCUGAACUUUGCCUCUGCUGGUCCAGUGCGCCAGGCCGCCGCCCACAUCCCGGAGAACUCGUACCUGCCGUCGUCGGUGCUGCGUCGCCUGCGUUACCGCCACUAGGAAGUGCCGUGCCAUAGGUUUUAGCUGCCUUACUUGUUGACUUUUUUGUGUUAUCUAUUGAUUUGUCGAACGAAGCGC